AUGUCGUCCUCUUUGUGUACAGAUCUUGGGAUACGCCCUCUAUGCGACCUCGCGGCGCACAUGGUGAAGCUACGGACAAUUGUCGUCACUCUGUUCACCACGGCAACAUACUACGACCGCAUCCAGAACGAGCUCAAGCGCAACUUCGCGGCAGAAGACAUCCAUCGUAUGAUGUACAUCAGAGUUAUUGCUUUGCACCAUAACCGUACCGACCCACUCGACAACCGAAUACUCGAGAACUCGUUCUCAAAGGCGUUCGAGCGGCUCACCAACCUUAGGGCCAUUGCAUGUAUCCACACCGGCAUGGAGUUCGAGCCCAUUUCCGCACCCGAUGGCGUAAUACUUGACUUCCAGGGUCGCGGCCCACUCUCAGAGAUCCGGCGCAUCAGCCGCAAGCACGUCAAGGUUUAUGUCUGGUUCGCCGGCGCACCCUCCGCAAUCUUCCGCAUGUACUGCCCGGAACAGAUAGGCGGGAUUGGUGACCUGCCGGCGAAGAGCGAACAUCUUGCCAGGCGCUCUGGCAUGAGCAUUGAGCGUGCGGCAGGCGAGAUAGCACUCGGAAACUCGGCAUGCCUGAUAUGUAUCCCGGGAUUGCCCCCAAUUUAUGACUACGAGGUCCAGCCACAGCACUUGAUGGGCCCAACGGGUCAGGUCGGCGACAUGAUGUUAACAGCCUACGAUACCCUGGCAGGUUGCGACGGGGUGAUCUUGGCUGCGCCAGAGUGCUACGAACGCGAAGCCACUUCGGUGCUCAGGGAGUGGUUCGCUUCAACGUCCCGCUCCGUGUACGCAUGUGGGCCGCUUAUGACUCGGGUCCCCGAUGGGCGCAUCGUGGAGAAGCCGCAACCCAGUAAUGCGCCCGUGGAAGAGUUCUUAUAUGCGACCGUGGCAAGCCAUGGGGAACGCUCGCUCAUAUAUAUUUCAUUUGGAACUAUUUAUUGGCCUUUAGAAUCAGACAAGCUAUCUGCGUUUCUCGACAUAGCCAUGGCCAUGAAGAUUCCAUUCAUUCUCAAUCACGCAUCGCCAUACCUGCCUGCGGAGGAUUUCAUCGUUCAGAAAGUCGCGAGCUACAAAUAUGGAUUGUUUACCCGCUGGUGUCCUCAGCAAUUAAUUCUUAGUCACUCGGCAACUGGAUGGUUCGUGACCCACGGCGGUCACAGCAGCGUCAUCGAAUCCAUCACCGAAGGUGUACCCAUGAUAUGUUGGCCUUUCUCCUUUAACCAUUCCCUCAACGCAGUGCGUGUCAGCGAGAAGUUGAAGAUAGGGUACGAGCUGCUCGAGACGCGAAAUGGACCGGGGCUUAGACGGGCGCACCGUCUGGGCAAUGCGCCGCAAGGCACUUUGGAGGCAUUCGUAGCAGAGGCUCGAGAUGUCAUGCGCAAAGCACUGGGCGAGGACGGGGUCCGGAAGCAUCGCAACGUGCAGCGGCUCAGACGAGAAGUCGGACAGGCCUGGAGCAAGCGUGGGACCUCCAAGAGAGCGGUCGAGGAUUUACUGAGCUCGUUUGGAUGUGGAGGACACUUCUUGCCUGCUUGGUUGUGUUGAAACGCUGCAUAAGUACAACUGCAGGGAUUCAAUAUGGGAACAUUUUCAGUUAAUUGAGUGCACGAAUACACUGAAGUAUAUGUACUAUGGUACGCUGUUGGCAGUGUCACUGUCAGCAUGAUUCAUGAA